GAGGGCUUCGGGGCCAACGUCACCGGCUCGCACACCUUCGGCAGCCUCAUCAAGGCCUACGGCCACGCGAAGGACAUCAAGGGCGUCUGGCGCUGCUGGAGCGAAAUGCGGAGCAGGCAUGUGCGCCCCACCAGCAUCACCGCUGGCUGCAUGGUCGAGGCUGUGGUCAGCAACGGCGACACCGAGGGCGCCUACGACCUGGUCCGCCAGAUGCAGCAGGACGAGCAGUGCCGCGGCAUCCUGAACUCCGUGGUGUACUGCUCCAUCCUGAAAGGCUUCACGCGCGAGAGGCGCCUCGACCGCGUGUGGACGGUCUUCAAGGAGAUGCUGAGCCAAGACGUGGACCUGUCCGUCGUGACCUUCAACACCGUUCUGGACGCGUGUGCCCGCUGCGGGUCCAUGGACCAAGUCCCGAAGCUCCUUGCAGACAUGAGAAGCGCGGGGGUGAAGGCCAACAUCAUAACGUACAGCACCAUGAUCAAGGGCUACUGCCAGAAGGGGCAGGUGCCGAGGGCCUUCUCCGUGAUCGAGGAGAUGAGGCGGGAGACGGACCUGAAGCCGGACGAGAUCAUGUACAACUCUCUGCUCGAUGGCUGCGCCCAGAGCAACUUGGUGGACGAGGGUCUCCAGCUGCUGCAGCAGAUGCAGGCCGAGGGGGUGCCGCCCAGCAACUUCACGCUGUCGCUGCUGGUGAAGCUCAUGAGCCGCGCCCGCAGGCUGGACACGGCCUUCCAGCUCGUGGAGGACGUCUCGACAAAGUACGGCUUUCGCCCGAACGUCCACGUGCUCACCAACCUGAUACAGGCAUGCGUCUCCAACAGGCAGCUGAGGCGCGGCCUGGAUACCUGGGAGGGCAUGAUCCGCGACAGGGUGCCGCCGGAC